AUGGUGAAGCGAAAGGCCGAGAAACAACAAUCUGCUGCCCCCAUGAGCGCCGUUGCGGCGCGCAAAGCUCGGCAGCAGCAAGCGCAGAUUUCAGCGCCAAAGAACGAUGUCGACGUCGAGAUUGUGACGGAGCCUCCGCCUAAGCGCCCACGGAGAUCUAUCGAGGCAGGCAAGACCAAUGGAGCCAUUGAGACAGAGACUCGAGGCCCGCGAACAAGGUCGUCGACGAAACAAGAUAUUUCAUUGCCGGCUGAGGAUGUAAAAGGACGGCGAAAGAAGGACGCUCGGCCCCUUGUUCCUCAAGCACAAGGAGAAACCAACGAGGAAGAGGAAGCUGAUGAAGGCCAAGCCGACGGUCCAGAGGAAAUGAGCGAAGACGAAGUCGCGUCUGUCGCUGGUGACGCCGACGGCUACGAGUCCCCAGCAGAUACCUCGACAGAGCUUCAGAAUUUCCCCUUAUCCAAGGCACGCCUCAACAAAAGUACCAUUCUAUAUGCUGAUGAGGACACUCUUUGUGUUCGUCUUAAAGAGAGAAUGAACCUAGCACUCCUGGGUCAUUAUGACAUUUGGAUCAAGCGAGGAGUCGUCAGUAUUAUGGGUGCCAAGUUACAUCCCUCAGCACAGGCCUACAGAGUCUAUGCUCCUUCAACCCACUCUUUGCCCGUCAUUAAGUGUGUCUCGGGUGUGGAUGGAGAGGCUGAAAUGGAGUUGAAGUCCUGCAAUAACGGGCUCGCUCGACUUCGGGACAUCUCUCCUUUGUAUCAAAGAGUCUGGAACGGGCAAAAUACCACCGCGGAUAAAGCCACCCUUAAGGGGGCGGCCAAAGAUUUGCGACGGACUUUUUCAGUGCUGUAUACAUCGGCAGAUGACUCGCUCAAAAGACACUUGCGACCGCUUCAUCUCGACAAAAAAUGGAGUGCCUCCAUGAAAGCUCUUUCUCAAAGACAAGGACAGCUUCGAGUGCUGGUUUGUGGUCCCAAGGCAUCUGGCAAGUCUACAUUUAGCCGGUAUCUCUUGAACCAUGUUUUGAGCCCGGCACCCGAGACUGAGAACGGAUAUGUCAAUACCGAUGGCGUUGCCUUCUUGGACCUGGACCCAGGUCAGCCUGAGUUCGCCCCCAUGGGCCAAGUUUACCUGGCUCACUUGAAGGCUCCGUUUUUUGGACCGCCGUUUAGCCAUCCAUCUCUUGACGGGUCCCGCGACGGCCAAAUUCUGAGGGCCCACCACAUUGGCGCUACAUCACCAAAAGAGGACCCCGAUCAUUAUGCCAUGGCGAUCAUGGAUUUACUAGGCCAGUACCGCUCGUUGCUGGCAAGGUACCCUCAAUGCCCAUUGAUUGUCAACUAUCCUGGAUGGAUCUUCGGACAAGGCUUGGAAGUAGCUACAUGGCUAAUUGGCUGCCUCGGAUUAUCCGAUGUUGUGUAUAUGAGCGAGAAGGGGCCCUAUGAGGUCGUUGGGCCUCUAAGCCUGGCUGCCAAUGAGGCUCGUGUACCGAUGACUAUUCUGCCUUCUCAGCCCACUGAGUUUGUCAGUAGAUCGAGUGCCCAACUGCGCUCAAUGCAAGUCCAGUCCUACUUCCACCAGUCUCAUCCGGUCGGUCUCAGUUACCCACUGUGGUCUGAAACACCUCUCUCCCGCACAAGACCCAUUGCUGUGGACUACGCCGGCGAUAAGCAAGGUAUCUCAGGUAUCAUGGUUAUGGGAUCUCAAAUCAACCCGGAGAUGCUCCGAGAAGUGAUCGAGGGUGCCAUUGUUGCAGUUGUGGAGAUUGAUUCGCCAAGCACGCUCUGGGGUACAUCCUCAUCAGCGCCAGUGGCCUCUGGAUCUGACAACCAUGAUGCGUCUGAGGUAGGCGAAGACAUUGACAUGGAUUCGGACCAACAGAACGGACAAACUGCCCCAUCUACUGAGGAUCUUGUCGUUAGGACCCCCGAAAAUCUUCCAUAUCUCUUCUCUGGGUCUGGAAGCUGCACACCCCUUGACCCCAAGUCAUCCAAUUGUCUUGGUUUGGCUAUUGUUCGAUCUGUCAACACUGGUUCGCACAGGCUGGAGCUUUCCACCCCUAUUCCCUCCUCAACUCUAUCCAACACUAUAGAGCAAGGGCGCAGCAUUGUGCUUGUGCGUGGACAGCUUGACAACCCUAACUGGGCUAUCAGUGAAGAGUACCAUUCUGCUCGGGCCGCAGAAAGACGGUACCAGCAGUCAAUUUCUCGUUCAAAGAAGAAUGGGGGAUCUGUUGGUGGGGCCGAUGACCAGGCAAAACAAAAGCAGACUCUGUCUCUCCUGCGUGAGAGGAUACGACGUGCUAGUAAUGUGCCUUGGAUGACGGUUGUGGAGGACAACAGUCGUCACCAGCGUGAAGCAGCCGCACGCCGUGAGAAGUCUCUUUGGAAGUUGAGGAAGAAGGCGUAUCCCGCAAGUGAAAGCGAGACAGAGUGGUAG